GUUUACCAGAAGGCCCCCUUACCCAAGGAGAACCAAGCCCUCAUUCUGAGCCCUGGGCUGUGGGCCAAACUGUGCUGUGGUUGUAAAUACACAAGAUUGACCUAAAGCGUUACAGGACAAAGGCCACCGAGGACAGCGGGCAUCAUGCCCAGGGGACCUGUUCCCCUUAUGUAGCGUUGAAGGACUAAUAAGUAGGUCGGGCCUCACUGCUUUCUCCACACCCAGCUGGCCUCCUAUGGCAGCCUGGGGUUCCCCCUCCCCUACCUGGUUCCUGAACUCCAAUGUGUAAAGGCUCAAGCCGUAGACACCAUGAUCUCCGAUAGAUGGCAACACUUCCCUUUAGAUAGAAUCUGUAGAAUUGUGGGUGAUGGGGGAGGGCCCAGGCCUGGACCAGCCCCCUGAGGGGCUGGAUUCUGGCUACAGAUUCUCCACUCAUCAGUACAACCAUUUCCACCUCCAGAGUCCAAGGGUCCAUGUGUGGGAUCUUGUGUGUCAGCAGAGAGGACUGAACAAAAUUACGUCCACCUGCUUCUUCAUUGGUGUGCUGGUGGGAGCCGUGGUGUAUGGAUACUUGUCUGACAGGUUUGGCAGGCGCCGGCUUCUGCUGGUGGCCUACGUGAGCUCCCUGGUGCUGGGUCUGAUGUCUGCAGCCUCCAUCAACUACAUCAUGUUCGUAGUCACCCGUACACUCACCGGCUCAGCCCUGGCUGGCUUCACCAUCAUUGUGCUCCCACUGGAGUUGGAGUGGCUGGAUGUGGAGCACCGCACUGUGGCCGGGGUCAUCAGCACCGUCUUCUGGUCGGGAGGCGUGCUGCUGCUGGCACUGGUGGGCUACCUGAUCCGGAGCUGGCGCUGGCUUCUGCUGGCUGCCACCCUGCCGUGUGUCCCAGGCAUCAUCAGCAUCUGGUGGGUUCCUGAGUCUGCACGGUGGCUUCUAACCCAGGGUCGUGUGGAGGAGGCAAAAAAAUACUUGCUGAGCUGUGCCAAGCUCAAUGGGCGGCCCGUGGGUGAGGGCAGCCUGAGCCAGGAGGCCCUGAACAACGUGGUCACCAUGGAAAGGGCGUUGCAAAGACCCUCAUACUUAGACCUGUUCCGAACAUCUCAGCUCCGACAUAUCUCACUGUGCUGCAUGAUGGUGUGGUUUGGAGUGAACUUUUCCUACUACGGCCUGACUCUGGACGUGUCUGGGCUGGGGCUGAACGUGUACCAGACACAGCUGCUGUUUGGGGCUGUGGAGCUCCCCUCCAAAAUUAUGGUCUACUUCCUUGUGCGCCGUCUGGGACGCCGUCUCACGGAGGCUGGGAUGCUGCUGGGCGCUGCUCUGACCUUUGGCACCAGCCUGCUGGUAUCCUUGGAGACUAAGUCAUGGAUCACUGCUCUGGUGGUGGUGGGGAAAGCUUUUUCUGAAGCUGCUUUUACUACGGCCUACCUGUUCACGUCCGAGUUGUACCCUACUGUGCUCAGACAGACAGGAUUGGGACUUACUGCACUCAUGGGCAGGCUAGGGGCCUCUCUGGCCCCACUGGCGGCCUUGCUGGAUGGAGUGUGGCUGUUGCUGCCCAAAGUUGCUUACGGGGGGAUUGCCCUGGUGGCUGCCUGCACUGCACUCCUGCUGCCUGAGACGAAGAAGGCACAGCUGCCAGAGACCAUCCAGGAUGUGGAGAGGAAGAGUACCCAGGAGGAAGAUGUGUAGGUCCGGGACUGAGUUGGACUAGCGACAGUUCUCCACAGGAGCUGGGCACAGAAGGCAGCCUCUUGUGACUGGGACAUCAGACUCCUCCACCUAAGGAUGGAGCUGCUCCUGAUGCCCUCUGCCUGUGCUCUCCAGCAGCAGAACAACUUCCCGCAGCACUGGGCCGCUGGGAUUCUGGACUCCCUUCUCAUGGCCGGGGGCUUCUAUAAAUAAAGACGGUUGCUCAUGGGUUGGGGCAGCAGUGAGAUUGGGGGAAACCCUCAGAUGGAAAGCCACUGACUUGAUCUGAUUCCAGUCUUACACUGCCCAUCUCCCAGGUGGACGGCGAAACCUCCUAGUGGACAGGAUGUUUUGUGGUGCUCAAAUUGAACAAGGUCAUCCUAGGAAUGUCGUUAAAGCACAGUCCUGUAGUCAUUUUUAGUACCGGGAGGCCGGUGGGUGUACUGUCUCCGGUGGAAGGGUAGAUCAGCACAACUCCGGGGCAGGGGACCAAUAGAUGGUUUUCUUGUUGCCAGGGCUCCCUCUGAAGUAGCAGACUCGUACCCUACCCCUCAAAUCACUAUCUGGGCUUCACACCUAAAGAAAGUGAGCUAGCGGGUGGUAGGUAGGGCACACCUUUAAUUCCAGCACUCCAGAGGCAGAGGCGAGCAGAGUCUGGGGCCAGCCUGGCCUACAAAGCUAGUUGCAGGGCUGCACAAAGAAACCUUUCUAGAAAAAACAAAACAGUCAUAAAACAAAACAAAACAAAAAAGAACCAAAGGUAUGGGGAU